AAUUUAUCCGAAAUUAAUCGUUCAUGUAACGACAUUGCGCGCGCGAAAAUCGAGAGAUCGAUCGAUCGUUCUGCGUCGUGAGUGCUAUCGACUACAUUUGUCUGCUGCGUGUGUGUACUGUGUUAGUGAUAUUGCGUUUCGGUGUUGUGCUUUUAAUUUCGCAUUAUAAUAUUUAAAUAAGCGACGAAUAUGCCGAAAUCUAUACCCGAAAGGUGGUUGGAAUAUAAACCUUAUGGCACAGUGAUCAGCGGUACAAAAAUUCUACCGUUCAAAGUGCCAUUAAAAGAGGCAGUGAGUAACAAUUUAGAACCGGAGAAACGGUUUACAACGUCGGUAUUGCUCCAAGCGUUUCCACGUUUAAAAUGUAUUAUCGAUUUGACAAACACGAGUCGCUACUAUGACGAGAAGGAAUUCAUAAAUUCUGGCGUUAAAUAUGAAAAAAUUAUGGUUCGUGGGCGGGAAGUUCCCUCCAUGGAUGUAGUAAACAGAUGACAUUGUAGGAGUUCAUUGCACUCACGGUGUAAAUCGUUCCGGAUACCUAAUUUGUAGGUAUCUCGUACAGCAAUUAGGUUGGGAAUUGGAAAAUUGUUUAAAAGCGUUCGAAACGGCCCGUGGAUAUCCCAUCGAUCGUAAAAUCUAUAUAAACGCGUUGCA